UCUCUGCCACGUGUCAGCUGCACCUCGUCCAGCUCGCUGAGGAGAUCCAGAUGUAGUGCUGCGAAAGAACCCCCAAAACAUCCAACCUCUGGCCUGAAGGAGCCCUCAGAAGAAAAACACAACAGACCCACAGUUCAGUUAUAGCAACUAUAAAAACUGUUUGUAGCUUACAGCGUGUUGCUCUUAUUAAGGCACAGACAGAUGCAGAUAACUGAUCAAGAUAUGAAUGAUUCAAAUUCUGUUUAUGUAAUAGACGUGACACCACACACACACACAAACACACAGGCAGACAAGGCUCUGCUGUAAUUUAUAGGUAACCCACAAACAUAUGGAGCCUGAGUCACGCUUGUCUGAAUGCUGUUCAACUCUGCACAAUCCUGCUCACCAUCCAUCUCCCCUCAGCAUUUCAAAAGCAACACAAACGUCUGUUAAACAUCUGUAAAACAUUUGUUCUCUCUCAGAUAAGAUUUCCUCAUUCAACUCAGUGCCGCCACCCCGGGCGUGUAAAACACAGCAGCCUGUGUCCGGCCAGCGCUCAGAACUGCGAGGAGCUUUUUUGUGCUGCUGCACCAAAACAGUUUCUUUACAGUGGAUUUGAAGUAUUUUUCCAAGUAUCAUGGAUGCUCGAGGGGUCUGGUUGAUGUUUUGCCUUCUCCUGCUGGCACGCUGCACGUUCCAGCAGACCGCCUCCUCAAAGAAAAGAAAUGGCAAGAAAGACUCUGCAAACAGUGCUGCAAUUGAGGAGCUGAAGAAACAGAUUGCUGACAUUGUUCAAGAGCUGAAUUUGCUGAAGGAGCAGCAAGCUUUGCAGACAGUUUGUCUACGAGGCACCAAGAUCCUCGGUAAGUGUUUCCUGGCUGACCCUGUGAAGAAGACCUUCCACGUAGCCAGCGAUGACUGCAUCGCCAAGGGAGGCAGUCUGAGCACUCCUCUGACAGGCGACGAGAAUGACCAGCUCUACAGCUACGUACGUCAGAGCAUCGGCCCUGAGGAGCACAUCUGGCUGGGCAUCAAUGACAUGGUGACCGACGGCCAGUGGGUGGACCAAUCAGGCUCCAACGUGCGCUUCAAGAACUGGGAGACAGAGAUCACCCUGCAGCCAGACGGAGGGCGCAGCCAGAACUGUGCCAUCCUCUCCACCACAGCCAACGGGAAGUGGUUUGACGAGAGCUGUCGAGCCGAAAAGGCUUCUGUGUGCGAGUUCAACAUCGUGUGAGUGUCUGACAUUCACAUCACUCUGCGCAGAUGAAUACUUGUGAACUUGGGCAUGAAACAUGUAGAGUAUCAGGUACAUUUAUGCAAUGCAUUGGAAAAUAACGUGCUGCAUUUUCUCUUCAGCUCUCAUUUUCUUGACCAAGCCAUUCAGAUGCAGUGCAUUGACUUCACGCAGUGGUCUGGGAUACAGUAUGUCAUUGUAUAAGCUAAACUUUUGUUCACUAAACUUGUGAUCUCAAACAUUUCGGCAUAUCUUAUAGCAUAUUACAUGAAGGUAAACACCACUGGAUGGCUUGUCUUUGUUAUAUGCAUUUUAUGUCAUCUGCUUAUCAAUGCAAUAAAACAUUUUUUUUUACUGAAGAGCAUAAAUCACAAGCGCCUUUUCUGAGGCAAUUUCUUUACUUCUGAUGUCAAGGUAUGCUGCUUGUAUUACAUUAUAUAAUGUUAAUAAACAUAUGUCUCCUCA